AUGACUAUAUCUUGCCGCGUGUACGGGUAUUACCCUUUUUUACACCACGGUGACUACGUGCUGUUCCAAGAUAAUGACCACCACACCGAGGUACUUCUCCCUUCUGGCACGAAGGUCGAGGCCAUAAGGUUCGACUGGGGAAUGAAUAUCAAAGUGAAUGCUUUCAAGAAGUCAAACAGCAUUCGCGGACUCUGUGGAAACAUGAAUGGUGACUCAAACGACGAGUUUCAACACGGAGGCGAUGGCCAUUCACAUGCGGAUGCGACAAGAUUUGGACUAAGUUGGAGAAAGCAACCGCAUGAAAGCUACUUCCACAUUCUGCCGUCCAACCAUCUCCCAGACCAGAUCAUGGAGAAAACGUUCUGCGCAUGCGGAGAAACUAGAGUGGAGGAUUGUAAACAACUCUCGGAAAUCAUCUACCCACAGAACCCCCCAGGGGUGGAGGUACCUCCAGAUCAGUUUGAAGGGCAGGGUGAGACGUACAGUGAUUUCAGCAUGGACCAGCAGGACGCUGACUAUUUCACAGACGAACACAAUGAACGAUACGCUAAGAGCAGGAUCCGAGCCAGACGAAGUAUCGAGAUGGAUAGGAUGACAAGACAAAAUGCGACACGCCUCUGCAAAACACUCAUCGAAGACACUGUCGUCGGAAAGAGUUGCAGUGCUUUGCCGAAUGUGGAUGCCGCAUCGACUUUGCAGAGCUGCAUUUUUGAUCUCAUGGUAACAGGAAAUGCCGGUUUCGCUGUGUCGGCCCUGGAAUCAUUGAAGAGCGGCUGCCAAGACGAGGCUUACAACAACCUGACGCUCUACACCAAGAAUGCUGAGGGCAACCCAUCGGAACCCCCCGCAGAUAUCGUAGAAAACCUUUGCCCUAACGAGUGCAGUAACCAUGGCAACUGCUCAAACAGCACUUGUAUCUGCGAAGAAGGUUUCACAUCACUAGACUGCUCCUUGUCAAUCAAUACAGUACCAGAACUUCUUGGGAUUCACGAUGUGGGUCUGUGUGACAUUAGAAGGAGGCCAUACAAGAAGACCAACAUCUUUGGUGAUGGAUUUAUACCUUCAGAGAAUCUCACAUGUCACGCAACCGAAUUCAAGGUGUAUGGCAACAACUGGACACCAAACUCAUCACCACACGAGCUACAAGGCGAACAGUUUGACUUAUUUGGGGUCAAAUGCAGCCUUCCGGACCCUCCAACGAAGAUAGGGGACUACGAAAAUCUCGGGACCCCCGCGGGAGGACUGUACAUUAGGAUCUCCAACAACAAGAUCGACGCCAGUCUGGAGAAGAUGAGGUUUAUAUCGUACGACUCCGUCUGUAUGAGGUGCAGCAAGACAGGCACUUGUGUCCUCAGGUGUGAGAGUUUGAUAUCAUCCGAGGGAUCUAGGCCUCGAUAA